AUAGAACUUGCUUCGAUAGGAGGAUCGACACGAUGCCAGGGCUUCUGUCCAUGAACGACAUCCACAUGGGAUUUCCCCAACUCACGAGCUUAUAUAAAGGACGCCCUGUCCCCUCUUCCUCAUCAUCUUCAACCUGCAGGAAGGUAUGGUCUCCAGUGCGAAAAUAAGGUAAUUAGUUAUUCGCAAUUCUCUCUGUAGGUUCAAAAAAGUUCACAGCCCGCAGGGUAAGUUUCUUCGGAUUGGAGGACGUGCGAAAAUAAGGUAAGUAGUUGUUCGCAAUUCUCUCUGUAGGUUCAAAAAAGUUCACAGCCCGCAGGGUAAGUUCCUUCGGAUUGGAGGACGUGAAUGAGAUAUUGGCUAUUUGAGGCCCGCAUUCUUGUUUCAACUAUCGUAAUCUACAACGUAAGUUUGAGCAUUCAGUGCGGAUGCAUCGCGUUGUCACCCGUCUCUGCGCAUCCGUCCAUCUCCAGAGAAAGUACUGUACAUUGUGACUGAGCUUCAGGGCUCUUGUACCGGAGAGUACAAACGCUGGCGGAAGAAUAACCAUUCCCGCCAUUUGGUACCUGCAACCUAAUGGUACAAGAACCACCUCCAUGAAACAAUUCUCCACCAUGCUGCGGUGUAUUACCGCCGGAAGUUGCAUGACAGCAUUGGCCUUCUGAAUCUUUUUCAAAGUCAAAGACGCAACACAGUGCUGCAUAGCGCAGACGCGCGUUUCUGUUGACGACGCGAGCCUGAUUCUCACAGAUGCAUGGUUGGCAGAAUGCUGCGCGCUUCUCAGCCUAGGACUAUUUUGGGAUAUGAGCUGGGCGAGACAAUUGGCGAGGGUGCACACGGAAAAGUAAAACUGGCCAUUGACCCUGCCUCACGACAAGCUGUUGCAGUAAAGAUAAUCAAAAAACGUUCGGGGCAGGAAGGAGCUCGAGAUCUCGCCAUUUUGCAGAAAGAGAUCAAGAUUCACAGUGCUGUCCGUCAUGAGAACAUUAUCACGCUCUUGAACGCUGCGGAAGACGAUGCUUGUGUUUAUAUUGUAAUGGAAUAUGCAGCUGCUGGGGAGCUGUUUGACCGAAUUGAACCAGAUGUGGGCGUGGAAGAAGAACUCGCUCAUAUGUACUUUAUUCAGCUUCUUGCGGGUGUGGAGUACUUGCAUGGGCGCGGCAUAUCUCACCGAGAUCUCAAGCCAGAGAAUAUUCUGCUAGACCAGUAUGGUAACCUGAAGAUUAGCGAUUUUGGUCUGGCGACAGUAUUCAAGCACAAAGGAACGCGACGAAUUCUCACAACUCCUUGCGGCACUCCACCAUACGUUGCUCCGGAGAUCCAUGCAAUGAGCUAUCAUGGUGAUGCGGUAGACAUAUGGGCAGUGGGCAUCAUACUUUACGUUUUGCUUGCAGGAAAUACUCCCUGGGCCGAACCAACAAAGCAUGACGAUGAGUUUAUGUUUUUCCUUCGUAAUUAUGCCCAAGGGCUGCCGUACGCGCCUUGGACCGGCUUCUCGAAGGAUACGCUUAGUCUUUUGAUGGGAAUCUUGCAUGUGGAUGCAAUAUCUCGAUAUAGCAUCGAAGACAUAAAAGAAAAUCCCUGGGUCAAGAGACCAAAUACAUUGCUGACCGAUGGGAAAUGUAAUGAUCCAGCAAGACUAGCAGAGCGCAUGAUGUCAACUAUGCUGUCAAGUGCAAACGAAAUGAUGGAAGCAUCGCAAAUAAUAUCCUAUUCACAGCCCUCUGACAUGCGCCCUGAUGCUUACUCCAAUGGAAGCAGUGUGUUUGAUGACCGAUCGGGCUUUAUUUCCUUCUCGCAACCCCAAAGGAUGGAAAGCGAGACACAUACGCAAAACACUCAACUCGAGUCCGGCGGCUUCCUGGAUCUCUUCCCUUCGGACCGGAUUACUCGUUUCUAUAGUAGCGCGGAUCGGGAUACCAUAAGCAAAAUGCUUAACAAAACCCUGCAGAAUUUCCUGGUCCCACAUAAAAUACAUCCAGUUUCACGCAAGAUCGUCUUCACUACCGUCGACAGACGAAAAUGUCCGUUGCAUGGGGAGAUCAGCAUCCAACGUCUAGGUACUGAUCUGCAGCUGGUGGCAUUCAGAAAAAGCAAGGGAGAUCCCUUGGAGUUUAAGCGGUUUUACCGCGCUGUGCUUUCUUCGGUUAAGAACUUGGUCGUCAGUUGAACAUACUGCGCUGAAGCUGUACAUAGAGGUAGAUGCUCUGUAUCAUUGCAAAAUACAUUUUAACCACAUCAAUUGGUAGUCUGGACGUCUUUAC